AUGACGCGUUAUUAAAUAGCCAUUAGUUCAUAGUUCAUUCGAGCAAGGCGAAGAGAGACCACAGCUGCGUCCAGUUGAGCAACCACCCCCUUUAUGGUAGUAUGCGAUGAAUGGUGGAGGCAUAUCAAUCUCUGCUUUGCGUUUAGCUUCUUCCAAACUUCUCCUUUCAGCUUCCUCUUUCUCUCUCGCUUUUGCUAGUUUAGCCUCCCGUGCUUGAGUUUUAAAGUUGUUGUAGAUAUCGUCAGGUGUUUUUGUCUGCAUACGCCUAAAUCGUGGUAUCGGAGUAACAUUCAAGAAUGAGUGGAGAAGAAGAACGCAAGGAAAUAAACGCACCAACGCCAGGAGAUAUCAACCAAGUUAGACAGUGGUUGACUGAUAACAAAUACACUACGGAUCCCUUCCAAGCGGUUCAUCAACUGAAGGAGCUUGUAGAGAAGCACGCUAAGCAGACACCAGAGGGUUUAGAGAUAGAUGAAGGCUAUUCAGAAGCGUUUACGAAACUCACUGCGUUAAUAAACAGCUUCAGAUUUGCAUUGGAGCAAGGAUACGUCAAGCAGGAGUUUGGAGAGGAAGACAAAGCUAGUGGCAGUAAAUAAGCCAGUAAUUGAUAAUAAAAUGCUAGUAACUCCUGUAUAGAGCCUUGUAGCGAGAUCGAUAGAACAGCAAGUAUAGCGAUAUACGACUACUAAACGGAUAAUUAAGAUAAAUAAAUAAUGCUAUUAUAAUAAUAAUAAUUUAAUAAUAUACUAUAUGAUCUCUAAAUUCU